AUGGCCACCCUCAGCGUCGCUAAAGAGGGCAGCUCCCCCCGUGUUGAGCUCCGAGUUUCUAACGGAGGCGACGUUGGAUGCCUUGUGGCAGGAUGCUCAAGAUCGACUUGGAUUCAACUAAACCCCUCCCCUUCGAGCGAGUGGUUCGGUUCUGUCCAAGUUUCACUUGUGCCAGAAUCAGAGGCUAACAUCAUCACGCUCAAUUUCCGUAUCGUUGCCCCCCGGGACCCUGGCGGCCAGGUCACUCUGAGGUUAUUCGACAUCACCGAUGUUAGGCGGGUGGGUGAAAGACAUGAAGAAAAUGGGUUCCUGACUGUGACCGACUACAUCGUUAAACUCAGGGAGCUAGGAAAGGACUCGUAG